AUGAAGGAAUGCAUUAAAGAACUCGAGUUGGUUCUCCGGAGAAGAAAAGGAGGAGAUUGUUGUCUUGCCAAGGAAGUUGAAGCCUACAUGAGUACUAGGAAGAGGUUGCAGAAAAUCAUUUUUAAGUACUUGGUGCAUUUGAAGAAGAUGGAGAGGAAGAACAGCCUGAACAAGGACUCUAACAGGGAAGCUACUCUCAGCAUGCUAAGACAAGUUGAAGAAAUCAGAUUAUCAGUAUUUGCUUCCUUCCUGUGCUUUCUUUCUCAGUCAAGUGCAAAUCUGAAACGUAGCAGCUGGUCACUUGCUUCGAAACUACUGCCAUCUAAACAGGAAAAAGCUUCCGGUCUCUCAGCGAAAGACAUUUUGAAGCGAUUGGAUGCGUUAGAGUCGAGCCUUUCAGAAGUUGACGAGGACUUGGAUUGCAUCUUCCGGCGCCUCGUGAAAACGAGAGUUUCCCUUCUCAACAUUGUAAACCACUGA